AUGGCAGCCUUGUCGCAAGCAUCCGCAGCCGCCCUAGCCCGCCUUCGCGCCUUCAAACCCCCACCAUCCCAAUACACCAAACUCCCCCUGACCCGCCGCGCCGCCGUCCUAAUCCUCCUCUUCGCCGACCGCCGCGGCGACCUCCGCGUGAUCCUCACAAUCCGAAGUGCAAAACUGCGAAAUUAUGCCGGACAGGCCGCGCUACCUGGAGGAAAAGCCGAUACGGAACAAGAAACGGCAUGGCAAACCGCACGUCGAGAAGCAGAAGAAGAGAUUGGGUUUCCGAGUGAUGAUGACGAGUUGCCAAAGGGAUACAGUAUGGAAGAAUUGACGGAGUUGCCUAUGAAUCUUGCAAUGACUGAAUUGGGGGUGAGACCUUGUGUUGCUUGGUUGAGGAGUUUGAAUGGGAGUUCGGAUAUUGCGAAGGAUUUGUUGCCGAAGCUGGAUGCUAGAGAAGUUGCUGCUGUGUUUACUGCACCGUUCGAGCAGUUUUUGAAAGAGAAGGAUGAUGGUGUUGUGGAGGGGGAAUGGUAUAGAGGGGCAUGGCACAGUUGGUAUCAUGAACCAUGGCGGAUGCACAUGUUUCAUGUCCCUGUGAGUCAAAAGUCGGUCUUUAGGAGUCAGGAGGUGGAAAACACAAGACUUGAUGCUGCCACUGCGCCAUGUUCGCCAGAGUCAAAAGCCCCGGUGUUGUUGGCAGAUCGAGCUGCUCAGGCAUAUGGCAAGCCGGCACCUAAAUCUGGCCAUGCAAAGAAGGUAGAUAAGAGUUUGGCACAGAAAGAUGCACUGGAUAUACCACGGUAUAGGGUCUUUGGCAUGACUGCGCGGAUACUGGUUGAUGCGGCGAGGGUGGCUUAUGGGCGUGAGCCUGAGUUUGCCCACAACUCGCACUUUGGCGAUGAGGACAUGAUCGUCAGACUCAUCAAAAUGGGGAGACUACAACCAAAGAAGGAAAAGGGCGAGAUCUUGACAAGGGAUGUCAUGCAAGCUGCAGCCGACGUCAAGCUGAGUGGAGAAGAGAAAGGGAAGCUUUGA